AAAACCUGUGCCUCUAAUACUGGAUCAAGAAUAUGUGAACUUGAAGAAUCAAAUAAUUAAGGCAGAAAGAAGAGUGUUGAAGGAGUUGGGAUUUUGUGUUCACGUGAAGCACCCUCAUAAGGUUUGUACUUUCUAAAUUCACUACAUAACCAACGUUUCACGUUCUGUAAAGCUCUGAGGAGGCUGCCUGGACUGCACACGAUGAUCAGUGAACUCAGUGAGAUUAGUUUCUUACCAUCCUGAUGUUUUCUUUCUCAUUUAAGAGACUCUUACUAAUUGCUCUCGUAUCACUGCUGAGUGACGGCGAGGUGGAUGCGGGUGCUCAGUAUUCCUGGAAGGCAGAUUGGAUCAGUAGGUAGCUUUGGUGGUAGAAAAAAAAUCACCUCAACUUAGAUUCCCCCCAAGCAGGGAGGAAUUUGGAGGCCUGGGGUUGUGGUGGUCACUCCUGGGAGCGUGCUGAGGUAUUAAAGGUCUGUGAGCCAGUUUGGAGUGUGUUAAAACCACGCUCAGGCUUGGCUAGAGCUGAGGCAAGGCUCAAUAUAAAAGUAUCAAGUGUCAGAGUGGAUGAUGCUUGAAAGAUACAAUUGCCUCAGAUGUUGAAAUUGUGCCUUAACUGGUAAAAGAACUUGUAUUUUUGUGCCAGCACAAUUUGGGAUCUUGUGUUUUCUCCUUUAAAAACCUCCUGUUCAGAGCUGCCUUUUUGAGUUUCUUGACAUUCAGAAUUUCCUUUUGUCACCCGCCCCAGGGGGGCAGCUGUAGUUUGUUAAUGGGGUGAAUUCUGCCAUUAUUCUUCCCCUCUGCAGCCUUGUUUUCCUUCCAAACUUGAGGAAAAACUCUCAGAGCUGAACAAACCGUGGCACAGUGUUAGCUCUGUUCUCUGCAAGCACUGCCAACUUCCCUCACUGCUGAUUGCACUCAGCAGCUUUUUCUCCCCAGGCUGCAGCUAAAAAAGGAUUUGUGAGGUUUGUAGGAGAACAAAAUCCAUCCACAAAAAUCCCUAAAUGAAAAUCCAUCCACAAAAACCCCUAAAUGAAAAUCCAUCCACAAAAAUCCCUAAAUCAAAUGCAGGUGGAGACAAGGCCUGGCCGAGUAGCAGGACAGAAGGUCAGAUAAACACUGGGGAUGGUGCAAACACUUCAUGUGGAGUGUUUUAGGCCUUGAAAGAGGAUCACAGAUGCCUGAUGGAUGGAUGUCCCUCUGAAAUAAGCAGGUGGCUCUCCAGAUGCUUGUUAAUAACUCAAUGACCCAUAUCUUCCAGAUAAUCGUUAUGUACCUUCAGGUAUUAGAAUGUGAACGUAACCAACACCUGGUCCAGACCUCAUGGGUAGCCUCUGAGGGUAAGUGACUAAGACUUCUCCUCUGCUGCCCAUGGUGCAGGGAUAGCUGCCGUCUUCAGUCAACCCAAAGCUCUCCAAAGAGAAGGCUGGCUCUAGACAGGUGGUAUAUACAUGAUAGUAGAGUAACUGGCCAACUGCUUCUUGUGCUUAUAUUUUUUAUUUUUUUUUUUUUUACUCUGCAUUUUUUCAUUGUUUGUAUAUUUGAUAACCUGAGCGUUGAAUUUCUGAGAUUUUAUUUUUAUUUUUCUGAUGUUCUAUUUCUCUUAACUGUUAAAAUGUGGUGUGUUUCUUAUAGGAUAAAGUGAAUUGAGGUGGGGUUUAAAUCUUUAAAAGGGAUGAAUUAACAACAAAAAAAUGAAUAGUUUGAAAGCUACAAUUACCUCAAAUGUUUAAGUGAAAAAACUAGUACAUGUGUGAAGCUUGGAGACAAAAUGUGAUAUUUAGAGACACUUCCCAGAAGCAUUGCAUGGAGCAGUGGAAUGGGAGUUCUGGACUGCCAGGAAUCUGCUGGUUAUGGAAGGGAGGGAGGGGCAGGGAGGGAAUUACCCCAGCUGGGAAAGGGGUCAGAGGUUACAAUAACACAUCUGUGUGCUGUGUUUGGUGCUUCCAGUACCCAAAAACUGGUGGGUAUCCAGUAUCCUUGGUUUUUGAAAUGUGCAUUUUUACAACAUUACCUUUUUCUUAAGCUAUUGUGACAAGGAUUCAUUUCCUCCUGUGUCUGACUGAGCCCACAGGGAAGAUGUGCAGGAGGCCAGACUUGGAAGCUGCCAUGGUUCUCAAUUUGGCAAAUCAGAAAAAAAACCUUUGUAGCUUCCAGAUGUUCAAAGUCAGCCUUUCCUUUAUCACUCCUUUGGCCAAAAGGUUUGUGUUCUCUUUGUAGAGGGACACAACAGCAGGUUUAGAAGUUCCUUUCUCCCAGAAAGAUGAGCUGAUGGUCAGUGUUGCUUUUUUUGGGGCAGCAGUUGCUGUUUGUGUAAACAAGAGCUGAGGACAGCUGGGGCAGGUGGGAGUUGGAAACUCCUGGGAUUCCAAUCCCUCCUCUCUGUCCUUGGAAACCUUGCAGGUGCCUGGCCUGUGGUCUCUGCUUUGGAUGUCUUGGGGGUCAGUGAAUCCUUGUAUACUGGGUACCCACGUGGUUAAUUAUUACCUUAUUAAGGACUUCUAUUAUGUCUGGUUUUAGUUUUUCUCAUCUGAUAUUUUAUUGACAUAUGUGCUCUCAAGUCUAGAUCUUCUAAAGCACAUCAGCUGACAGAUUCACAGGAAUUUACUUUGUGUAUUUAAGAUUUAACAACAUAAUGCUUCAUUGUACUGACUGGAAUAUGUGCAAUAUUUUACAGUUUUCUCAUUCUGUGAAUAUUCAUUUUAAGCAACCUUACUGAAAUGGGACAAUUUGGAAACCUUAUUUCAUGUGCCAAAGAGGAGAUCUGCCUGAAUACUGACUGUUCUCCUGAACUGAUGUUCCCAAACACCCUGAUUUCUCCUAUGGCUGACUUUUUGCAUCAAAAAGAAUUCUGUUCUGGAUGGAAAUGGACCCUUAAACCCCACUGGAAGCUGACCUGUGCUGAAGAGGACUGCAUUUCAUGGGAGAACUGCUCCAGGAGCUGCAGCUUUUGCCAGACACCUGGUUCUGCCCUAUUGCAGGGGGACAUGUGAACCUAAAAUUCUAUAACUUGAGUAUUUCUGAGCACACUGAACUACAUGAACGACAGCCUGAGAACAGAUGUCUUUGUGAGGUUCCAGCCAGAAAGUAUUGCCUGUGCCUGCAUUUACCUGGCAGCCAGGACACUGGAGAUCCCACUUCCAAAUCGCCCACAUUGGUUUUUACUGUUUGGAGCAACCGAGGAAGAAAUUCAAGAAAUCUGCUUAAAAAUCUUGCAGCUCUAUACAAGGAAAAAGGUGGAUUUAUCUGAUCUGGAAAGUAAAAUAGAAAAGAAGAAGUUGGCUAUUGAAGAGGCAAAAGCACAAGCUAAAGGUCUGGUACCUGAGGGAGUUCCAAGCUUGGAUAACACAUCGGGAUUUUCCCCUAUCCCAAAAAAUGAGUCUCCAAAAGAGGUUAAAGGAAAUAAACCUUCACCCCUACCUGUGCAGGCCAUGAAGAACGCCAAAAGGAAAACAGAGGGAGCCAAGAGAACCAGCUCCAACAGCCCAGUAAAUGGUGUCCAGAAAGGAAGAGAGAGCAGGAGUCGAAGUGGAAGCAGAGAUCAGAGUUACUCAAGGUCACCAUCGAGGUCUGCAUCCCCUAAGCACAGGAAGAGCGAGAGCUACUCCACGUCCAGCGGCUCCAAGUCGCAGAGCCGCUCGCGGAGCCGCAGCGAUUCCCCUCCGAGGCAGUUCAACCACGGCUCUGCCUACAAGGGCUCCAAGGCGCGCGGCUACAAGAAAUCCAAGGACUACAAAUACUCGGCGGCUCACAAGGCGCGCAAGUCGCGCUCGCGCAGCUCGUCCCGCUCGCGCAGCCGCUCCCGCGAGCGCUCCGAGCGCUCGGGCAAGUACAAGAAGAAGAGCCACUACUACCGCAACCACCGGCACGAGCGCGCCCGCUCCUACGAGCGCGCCGGGCACCGCUACGAGAGGGAGAGGGAGAGAGAGCACCCCGGGCACAGCCGGCACCGCCGGUGAGCCCAGGGCUGCUCAGGGGGCUCCUGCUGGGGCUGCUCCUGGGGGAGCUCCCGAGGGGGUUCCUGCUGGGGCUGCUCCUGGGGGAGCUCCCGAGGGGGUUCCUGCUGGGCCUGCUCCCGAGGGGGCUCCUGCUGGGGCUGCUCCUGCGGGGAGCUCUUCCUGGGGCUUCUCCUGGGGGGAGCCCUUCCUGGGCUGAUUCCCGAGGGGGUUCCGGCUGGUGAGCUGGGGCUGCUCUGGGGGGUUCCUGCUGGGGCUGCUUCCCAAGGGAAUUCCUGUUGGUAAGCCCUUUGGGGCUGCCUCCUGAGGGGGCUCCUGCUGGGGCUUCUCCUGGGGGGAGCUCUUCCUUCGCUGAUUCCCGAGGGGGUUCCGGCUGGUGAGCCCCAGGGCUGCUCUAGGGGCUCCUGCUGGGGCUGUUCCUGGGGGCAGCCCUUCCUGGGCUGAUUCCCGAGGGCGGUUCCUGCUGGGGCUGCUCCCCAAGGGGGUCCUGCUGGUGAGCCCUGGGGCUGCUCUGGGGGGUUCCUGCUGGGGCUGCUUCCCAAGGGAAUUCCUUCUUGUGAGCCCUUCAGGGCUGCUUCCCGAGGGGAUUCUUGCUGGUGAGUCCUUCCUGGGCUGCUCCUGGUGGGAUUCUUGCUGGUGAGCCCUGCUGGGGCUGCUCCCGGGGGGUUCCUGCUGGUGAGCCCUGCCUGGGUUGCUCCUGGGAGGUUUCCUGCCCAGGGCUGCUUCCCAAAGGAAUUCCUGCUGGUGAGCCCACCAGGUUGCUUCCUGGUGAGCCAGGGCUGCUUCCUGGAAUUCCCAGGGGGAAUUCCCUGUGUUGAGGUGGAGUGGUUCCUGAGGGAAUUCUCUCUGGCACCCCAGGUACAGAGCUGGGGGCUGCUUCCCCAGGGAACGCCCACCUGGGCUGCUUCCUGAGGGAUUUCCAUCCAGCAGCUGGGCACAGUUGGUGAGAUGGGGCUGCUUCCCUUGGGAAUUCCCUCUGGCACCACUGGUGAGCCAGGGCUGCUUCCCUCUGCCAGCAGAGCUCCUUCCCCGUGGCUUGUGCAGGGUUAAUCUGGCUAGUGAACCAGCCCUGGCUUGAGCCAGCAGUUUGUGCUCAUCCCUGAAUCCAAAGGAAAUACUGACAGGGCGGGCAGUGAUGCCAGGAGUGCCCUGUGCUGGGCUGUCACUGUCACCUCCCACUGGAGCUCCUGUCCUGCUCCUCAGGAUUCCCAGUGCAGUGUUGGGAAUUCCAGCCCUGCAGGCAGCAGCUCCGUGGCCCAUCCUUGGAAUGCUGUGCCCAGCAGUUCUUCCCCGUGGAACUGGAAAGCUCCUCAGCCCCCCAGGAGUGGUUUGGUGCUAACAAUGCCCUCUGUUCAUGCUGGCUCGGUGAUGUUGUACAGGUGGGAGGUGACUUUUUUUAGACCUGUUGCCUAUAUUAGGUUCUCUGUGUAUAUAUAUUUUGCAGUGUUACAGUACAGUAUGGGAAAAAUGGCCUUCCUAGCCUUUACACUUUACCCACAAUGUAAAUAAGCAUUUGUUUAAUACAGGUGAAGAUAUAUACAGAAAAUUCAAAACUUGAAUUCUAUCAAAAAAAAAAAAUACUUGUGUAGAAAAUUCUGAUAAAUGUGAAAGUAUUUAGCUCUGUGCAUUGAGAGUAGUAUAUUUUUAUCUGUGCAAUGCUGUGUGCAGGCCACCAGCUCAGAAGACAUUUCCUAUAUAUCCAUUUGAAGUGGUUGAAAAUUCUUUACUCAGGAUCUUUGACACUCUGAAGAAUUCGUAGUUUGUCAGUCUGCAUGCUUGAUGAACAGAGCAUUUAAAAGCCAAUUAGCAGAGCCCCACAGCCCAGUAGUAUCAGUUCUAGUGGUAUAUCUGAGCUGUUACUCUCAUGCUCCCUAAUUUCAUUAAAGUAUUUGAUUUUCUAUUA